AUCAGGUGCCGCAGUGCAUAAGCAACCUCAUGGCGUGUCUUGACGCCACCCCUCGCUGCUACUACUACAACACCUCCACCUACUCCUGCACCUGCUCCAACCCUCAAACACGGCCCUGGACCUGCACACCACUCAAAUCUCGGCCAGCAGGGUGCACGGACGUGCAGGCAGGGGUGUGUGCGCCAGGCGUGUGUGUGGACGAUGGCACGCGCCUCACAGGCUGCCAGUGUGCUGCCGGCUUCAUUCAACUCAACACGUCCUCCAACCUCCCUUACUGUGCUCCGGAAUCUGCUCAAAACUCAACAGCACCCUCCUCGAAACCAGCACCCCCCUCGGAACCAGCACCCCCCUCGGAACCAGCACCUUCCCCGGCACCAUCACCAGCUCCAGUGCCGCCUGCAGCAACGCCGCCCCCCAGAGGCAGCUGUGCUGCUUACUCCACCAACCCAUGCCUUCCCGGCGCGUGUGCGAAUGACUCUCUGAGCGCUGCAGGGUACUCUUGUGAUUGCCCGCCCGGCCUUGUGCACACCUCCCGCAACCACCGCCCUUCAUGCUCCAAAGAGGUGAACACAUGGCAGUGCACCGAAGCCAUCUGUGCCUGCUUGGACGUGUCGCCGCGCUGCUACUGGGUGGAUGGCUCCGCCUACUCCUGCUCCUGCGCCAUGCCCCAUGCACCCUUCAACUGCUCCAGGCUUCCAAGCAGGUCGGCCAACUGUUUAGAUGUCACCCUGGGCUUGUGUCUCCCCGGCUUCUGCCGCACCAACGGGUCGGCGUUCGUCGGCUGCUCGUGCGCCGCAGGCUUCAGCCAAUUCAAUCCUUCUGCAGGCGACCCUUAUUGUGCACCAGUUAUGCAUACAGAGCCGUCACCAGGACUAUCAUCCGCCGCCAUAGCAGGAAUCGCAGUCGGCGCUUCAUGUCUCCUCCUCCUCCUCAUCCUCACCCUCCUGCUUUGGCUGCGGCACCAUCUUCAACAGUCCAAAAAUCCUAAGUGGCGCAAGAGUGGGGCACAGGCGGACCAAGGCCUCUGGAGUAGCACACCAUUGGACCCAGCCGGAGUGCCUUCGUGUCGGGAGAUGCAAUUGGAGGAGCUGGUUGCUGCUACUGACAACUGGUCGCCACGCAACCUCCUGGGGAAGGGCGGGUAUGGCGAUGUGUUCCGAGGGGUGCCCCCUGGCGAUUCUGGCACUGUGUGGGCUGUGAAGCGCGCCAAAGUCAUCACCAAGGACUUCCGGAGAGAGGUGCAGCAGAUGGCAUCGAAGCACCACCCGAAUUUGGUGCGGCUGCUGGGGUACUGUGUGCACAUGGACGCGAGGACGGAGGAGCAUGAGCAGAUCGUGGUGUAUGAGUUCAUGGAUGGGGGCGACCUGCUGCGCUACUUGCAUGCUGCUCACAAGGACUCUUGCACUCCUCCUCUCUCCCUGAAGCAGCGUGUGAGUGUGCUGGUGGACAUGGCUCGAGGGCUGCACUACCUGCACAGCUUUGGCAUCGUGCAUCGCGACAUCAAGCCCGCCAAUGUCCUACUCGACCGCCACAUGACGGCCAAGAUUGCAGACUUUGGGAUUGCGCGCAUGGGGGACGAGAGCUCGACCGGCGACACGACUCGCAUCAUGGGCACCCCGGGCUACAUGGACCCUGCUUACUCCAAGUCCCGCAAGGCCACUGCUGCUGCUGACGUGUACAGCUACGGUGUGGUCAUGCUGGAGCUUCUCACAGCACGGCGAGCACUGCAGAAGAUCGGGGACUUGAACGUGCACAUUCGGCAAUGGGUGGAGCCGCUGGUGGCCUGUGGGGAUGCGGAGGGUUUCAGGGACCCGGCACUAGAUGCCCCCACUGACAUGCUUCUUCAAUUGGGACAGUUGGCAUUGCGCUGCACAGCCAUGCCCACAUCCCAUCGGCCACACAUGGACCAAGUGGUCUCGGAGCUUCUGAGAAUACACGAGAGUGUUGUUGGUGGCGAUAAAGAGGAGCCGAAUGCGGUCGAUUUGAUAAUUCAUAGUGUUGAGCAUCCGACUCAUUCUUUUGAAGAAGCAAUUGCUCUUGCUGUAGGCAUUCAACGGUCUGGGUCUGGGUCUCAAAGUCGUCGAGGCGACUCGAUUAUUCAAGAGAAGCUGCUCCCUUGUCGCGCGCCCUUCCGUCGUCGCCAUGGCUCGCUCGCUUGCCGCGAUUGCCCUCACGGCCACAGCGCUCCUCGUGCUGCUCUGUACGCGCUCAUCCCUCUUUCGCCUCUCGUGCUGCUCUGCGCAACCCAGUCAGAGGCGAAGGUGUUCACAGUGGGAGGCAGUGGGCUCAGUCCGUGGGGAUUCGGAGUGAAGAAGUGGAAGCCCAAGGGCGUCAUUCACGCGGGAGACACUCUCGUGUUCAAGUGGAGGGGCAUCCCGCAUGACGUGUGGAUCAUGAACACCAUGGAUGCGUACAACAACUGCGACUUCGGCGCAGCUACUAAGAAGACCGGCAUCACAUCCGUGGGGAAUUAUAGGUACAAGGUGCCAGCUUCAGCCGCGGGCACAUCCAUUCUCUUCUCAUGCAGCGUGCCUUUGCACUGCUCUGCGGAUAACAUGAAAGUGGCUGUACCGAUCCACGCCUGA